AUGCUGCAGCGCCGCGGCCUGGCCCAGUACAACAAGCUGUCGCCCGUGCAGAAGGUGCUGUUCAGCCUGGGCGGCAUCGCCGUCUUCAUCACCAGCAUCUUGUUCCUGGUGUACAACGAGGCCAUCUUCGGCGCCCUGCUGCCCUACGCCCGCAAGUGGCGCGACGUGCCGGCUGGCUGGCUGGUGCUGUGGGCGCUCAUCUUCACCGUGUCGUUCCCGCCGCUGAUCGGCUACUCGUCGCUGCUCACCAUUGCCGGCUUCGUCUACGGGUUCCCCAACGGCUGGUUCAUCGCCGCCUCGGCCACCGUCGCCGGCAGCACCGCGUCUUUCCUGCUCUCGCGCACCCUGCUGCGCACCAUGGUCACCCGCCUGAUCGCCAACGACAAGCGCUUCGCCGCCCUCGCCCUGACGCUAAAACACGACGGCCUGAAGCUGCUGGUCAUGAUCCGCAUGUGCCCGCUGCCGUACUCGCUGUCCAACGGCGCCGUCGCCACCUUCCCGACCGUGCACUGGGCCUCGUACGCGCUGGCCACCGCCAUCGUCUCCCCGAAGCUGAUGCUGCACAUUUUCAUCGGCGCGCAGCUCGAGAAAAUCGCCGAGAGCGGCGGCAAAAUGGACGCCCGCACAAAAGCCAUUAGCUACCUGUCCAUUGCCAUUGGCGCCGUUGCCGGUGUCGCCACGGGCUGGUUCAUGUACCGCAAGACGAAGCAGCGGGCCGCCGAGCUCGAGGAGGAGGAGCGCCAGGGCGUGCGCAGGGCCAGUGAGGACGCGCUUGAGAAUGAGUAUGCGGAUGAUCCGGAUGCGCUGGAGGCGGCGCAGCAGCUGCGCGAGGAGGACGACGAUAUCAGUCUGCGCGGCGGCUGGGACGAUGAGUACACGGAUGAUGUGGAUGCCGCCGAGGUCGCGGAUGAUAUCUUUGAUGACGACGACGAGGGGCAGGAGGGCCGCGGGCGGAAAUAG